UGCUUUUCUCAGUCUGAUGGAAUGUAGAAGAGCACCUGGAAAGUAUACAGAAGUUUAAAAAGCCACUCCUACUUCCUGGAGUUUUGGGUGCUGUCCCAGAACUGAGAAGCAAAUGUUAGAUUUGUUUUGGGUGUCGAUGUCUGCUGCAGCUUCAAUAUCACAGACCCCAUAUGUCUAGAGGUCAGAAGAGCUUUGUUGAAAGUACUCUGGGAAAGGAAUGCUGGCACUUUUUAUUCCUCUUAAAUAUAUUUUUAAAUGGCACACCCCAACCCUAAUAGUAAUAAGAAGACCAAUUUGGCACGCUCUUGGAAAAGACGAACCAAUGAAGAAGUUGCUGCUUUGUGUGGUUUGACAAAAAAGUUUUCAAAAGUUGUGAAAAGAUUCUCUCAUGAAGAUCUUCUCAAGAUCACUAAAUACUACAGGCCCUACCUGGCCUACGUGAUUGAGUAUGAUGUCACAAGUAUCCUGCAGAACCUGGUUACUAAGCACAUCCUCACCAAUGAUGAGGCCAAGAUAGUCAAAGAAAAAGAAAAGUCUGAGGGUCGAGCAGGUGUGGAGUCCUUCAUUAGUGAUGUAAUGAAGAUGGAUAAACUGGUGCUGGUGAACCUGUGGAUUGCACUGGCUGAGGAAAUAGUGAGAUUUCCAUCACCAAACCUGACAAGAAUACUGGAGGAGGUGACAGAGGGAGGACUGGACAUUUUGGAAGAGAUUCAGUUUAUUCUCCAAUCUCCUCCUAUUGAGGCUCAUAUUAAAGGCCUCCAUAAGACACAUUGUCUCACAGUGUCAGAAUCCACAAAAACAUUGGAAGAUCAGCCUUCUUCUGGAGAUCCACACACAAGAGCUGUUGGCUUUGAGACUCGAUACACAGAGCUGAUGGUCAUUAAACAGUACAGAAGAGAUCAUAUUGAGACUCAACAUGAGCUUCUGAAGACUGGAAAAACUCAUGCAGAGCUGGUGGAGGAAUGGACAAAAGUAAAAUGUGAGCGAAUCUGGACUGAGCAGCUUUUUAGGAGGAGUCCUGGAAGUGAGACUCCCCCACAAAUAAUAGUGGUCAGCGGAGUGGCUGGAAUUGGAAAGAGCACCAUGGUCCAGAAGAUCAUGUUUGACUGGGCCAGAGGUUAUCAGUACCAGAGAUUUACUUUUGUAUUCCUGUUUAAAUUUAGAGAGCUCAACCUACUUGACACAGAGUCAGAGCCACAGCAGCCUCUGACCAGGCUGAUUGCAAGGCAUUAUAAAUACCUCUAUGAUGACAAACUGAAAGAAAUCUUGAAGAAACCUGAAUCUCUCCUUUUUAUACUUGAUGGGCUGGAUGAGUACAAACACAAACUGGACUUCACACAGAGGCGGCUCUGCUCAAACCCAGAUGACUACUUUUCUGUCCACAUCCUGGUCACCAGCCUGGUCAGAAGGACAUUACUGAAGGGCUGUACAGUUUUGAUCACAAGCAGACCAACAGCCCUGGAGGACCUGGACAUGGAGAGAGUUGAUAGAUUUGCGGAGAUCCUGGGGUUCUUCCCUGAACAAAGACUGAUGUACUUUAAGAAGUUCUUUGGUGAUGCUGAGCUGGGCACUGAGGCUUUUCAGUAUGUUGAGGAGAAUGCCAUCCUGUACACCAUGUGCUUCAAUCCCUCGUACUGCUGGAUUAUGUGCUCUGUGCUAAAGAGCCACUUCAUGACUCCUGAAGAAGAGCGACAAACUAUCCCCAGGACUGUCACUGAGCUCUUUGUGAUGUUCCUUCACAACAUCCUCACCAAUCACAGACGAGAAGCUGAAGACCAGCGAGGGAUUCUGGUCAAACUGGGAAAAAUGGCAUAUCAUGGGGUAGACAAAAGGAUUCUUGUGUUUUAUGAUAAGUUUGAGAUGUUCACCUUUGGCCUUUGGCCAGUCUUAUCUUCUGCUUUCCUCUCUGGGUUCCUCAAAGAAAUCCUACAGAGAGAAAACACAUGCAAUUGUAUGACAUACACAUUCUUCCACCUCACCCUGCAGGAGUUCAUAGCUGCCUGCUCCUUCUACCUUGAUCCAUCAAGGAGCGUUGAGAACCUGCUUGUGAAGCUGGACUCCCAUGAAGAUGGACGGUUUGAGAUUCUCACACAGUUCAUGGCGGGACUAGCCAGGCUUUCUGUGUUUAAAAUGAUAGGGGGAGUCCUUGGGGAGUUAGAAAGGAAGACAGCAAAGCAGAUACUGGAUUGGGUCAAGAAGAAAGCUGAACAGGCACUAAGGGGAAAAGAUAAAAGUGAAGCUCUGCAAGUGUGUCAGUGGCUCUAUGAGACUCAGAAUAAAAAAUUAAUCAGAGAUGCCAUUGGGAAGGAUUUAAAGAUGGACUUUAGUAAGAUGACAUUAUCUCCUCUGAACUGUGCUGUGCUGGGUUUUGUCAUCAGCUGCUGUGGAGAACUUCAGGAGCUGACACUGAUAGAGUCAAGGCUUAUGUCAGAGGGCAUCAGGAGCCUGACACCAGGUCUCAUCUGUUGUAGACAUGUCGUGCUGUCAUUAUGUGAUCUCAACUCUGACUUAUGUGAGGCCCUCUCCUCAGUUCUUACAACUGAACACUCCCGCCUGACUCAGCUGAAUAUGACAAGCUCUGAACUGGGGGAUUCUGGAGUGUGUAUAUUGUCUGAGGGCCUGAAAAAUUCAAACUGUAAAUUAGAAACACUUUUCUUGGUGGCAUGUGGUCUUACCACUGUAAGUUGUAAGACACUCUCCUCAGCUUUUUCUUCUGGUCACUCAUGCCUGACUGAACUUCAACUUGGAAACAAUAAGCUGAAAGAUUCAGGAGUUCAUCUGCUGUGUGAGGGGCUGAAGAACACAAAAUGCAAAUUAAAGAAGCUAUGUAUAUUCUCCUGUGGUCUCACCUCUGGAUGUUGCUCAGCUCUCUCCUCAGCUCUCUCUUCUGAACACUCACCACUGACUGAGCUGGAUCUGGAUGCUAAUAAGCUGAAGGAUUCAGGAGUGUGUCUGCUUUGUGAGGGGCUGAAGAACAAAAACUGUAAAUUAGUGAAACUAAGUCUGGUCUCAUGUGGCCUCACCUCUGAAUGCUGUGAAUCUUUCUCCUUGGCUCUCUCUUCUGAUCACUCACAAAUGAUUGAUCUGUCACUAAGCUGCAAUGACCUGGGAGAUUCAGGAGUAGGUUUGCUGAGUGAGGGACUUAAGAAUGAUAACUGCAAAUUGGAAAAACUGAGGUUAUCUCAAUGUGGUCUCACUUCUGGAUGCUGCUCAGCUCUCUCCUUGGUUCUUUCUGCUGAACGCUCACGACUGACUGAGUUGGAGCUGAGAGACAAUCACCUGGAUGAUUUAGGAGUGCCUGAGCUGUGUGAGGGGCUGAGGAGCACAAACUGUAAAUUAGAGAAACUAGGAGUGGAUGGUAAUGACUUCAGUGUGAAUCAGGAGAGAAAUAUGAAAUCAUUGCAGGAAAAGUUGAACAGAUCUGGACGGCAGCUGGAAAUCACUACAGAAGAAGACCGGCUUUGGUGAUGAAAUUGGCCUCCCAUUUAUGGUGCCUCUUCUCAGCUCACAUCCUUACAGAAUCAAUU